AUGUUCAUUUCCCUACCGGAUUUGCCGGAAUUAAUAUUAACAGAAGUUGUAAAACAUUGCGGUUUCUGCGAAGUCCAAAUUCUCCGAAAAACGUGCUGGACCCUCCGCAACUUUAUCGACGACACCGCACCCCACCUAGACCUCCGAGUCAUUGAAAUCUCUGAUCAGACUCCUGGAUUAAUUACUUUGACUCUAGAGUUUCCAGAAGAAAGACUAGUUUUGGAGUACAAAAAGGUAGACAAUGGAUGUCAGGUAUCUGCUGGAAUCCGACCGAAAUUUCUGGAGAAUCUGGAGUAUUUCGAUGUGUUUCUGACGGAUUUUCGAGUCGUUUUGAGGAAUUGCAAGUGGAUUUUGCCCCAUUUUUGGAUUUAUCUCUCAGAAGUCUCAGAGUCAACUGUUGAGAGGUUACAACAACUUCUGAAGUCGCGGAGCCCAAUCACAGUAAAAAAUUUGGUAAUCAAAGCAGCCAGCGCUUCUCAAAUCCUGGCUAUUUUCUCUGAAAUUUCACCAAAUUCCCUGAAAUCGUUGGAGCUAGCCGGUCCUGGAAGACAAUCGUUUUUUAUGGAUGGAUUAUCUGAAAUUAUGGAGCUGGAGCAGUGGAAAAAGGCGCAGAACUUGGAGAUGAAGUUGGUUGAGUUGUGCGAGAGGAUGAAAAUUGAACAUUUUGCGCAUUUUCGAUUGGCCAAGGUUUUGUAUCAACGAGUUGAAGUGGAACAUGUGAUGGGAUUGAAGGAGAUUUUUCUCCACUCCAAAGACCACAAAAAACACAAAAAAUACUUCCAACUCCACUGGAUUUGCCUCCGCAACUAUCAGGAGUUCUUCGAUGCCCUUGGCCCUGGAUUAUCCACCACCGACGAAUUCAAAAUUCACCGAUUCAGAUGGUACUUCAGAAUCCCCAAUGAUUCUGAAAAAGUGCUUCUGAUAACUUUGUUCACACGAAUGUUUGAGUUUAAGUUCAUCGAUAAGGUGAAAGUACCAGAUGGUGUUGUUAUUUAUGAUUGA